AUGAAUGACGAUAACCAUUAUUUGACCAGAAUGACGCCGGAUGAAAUUGCGGAACAUGUUAAGGAUAUUUGUCCAGAAUUUGGUGACCUUAACAUUGAAGAAGUUCUUCUAAUGCAGGAAAGCGCGUUUCAGUAUAUUCAGGUCAAUAAACAGAACAGAGGCAUGGCUUCAAGCUAUGGUGAAACAAGCAACACCAGUUCACUUUCGUUGCACGAGAAUGAGUCAUCAUCACGUGGGACAAGUGCCGAGCACCAAUUGGCUCACGAUGAAGACUUAGCAAGGGCCUUGGAGCUGGGGGAUGACUUUUAUAAUUUCGAUGUUCAGGAACUUGGUGCCAGUGCUGUUGGAUCAACUGUUAGAGAAUUGCCAAACCAGAGUGAGAGUCGAAACAUAAGGCAAGACGAGUUUGAUCCUGAUACAAUGACCUAUGAGGAACUGCAAUCACUUGGAGAAUCUGUUGGCAUAGAGAGCAGAGGGCUUUCGGCAGAUAUCAUUUCUCGGCUACCGACAUUCAAAUACAAAGUUGGUUUCUUCUCAAAGAAAAAGAAAGAAAAAGAAGAGUGCGUCAUAUGCUGCUCCGAAUACAAAAAUGGAGCUAAGUUGACUACUCUACCUUGCACGCACCAGUAUCAUUCGCAGUGUAUCACUCCUUGGUUGCAACAAAAUAAACAAUGCCCGAUUUGUCAGAAGGAGGUUCAAGAUGAGUAG